AUGGGCUUUGCGGAACCUAAUGAUGAGCCCCUUGAAUCCAGAUUACUGGAGUCCAAAGAGUCUUUAGAAGACCUUGAUAAUAUCGAAGUUAAACACCAGCAAUUACUACAAAAUCAACAAAUCAGGUAUGCAUCGAGCUUAUUCUCACAGCAUUCUCACACUCCUGUUCAAGUUUCAAAUAUCAUAGUCAACAACUCAGGAUGUGUACGCCCUGAUGUUUUACAAAAAUAUGUCGAUCAGACGUUGGGCAAAGCUACCAACUUGGAAGAGUUGUGCGAAGAAUCUGAUGUUUUGAACAUGAAGCUCAUAUCGAAUGGAUUGGUGGAAAACAGCACACAAACACUCGAUAGUAGAGGGAUACUGCAUUACGAUUUGAAUGCAUCUCAUCCCAAAUCAAGCUAUGCCUCGCCCAUAGGUGGACAGAACAUACUGUCCGUACUAGAUGUGGUCUCUAUUCUUGACCUUCAACCACUGAAAAAAUUCACGGCAAAGACUGGGACUAAUGUCGGAAAUGGUGAAGGUGAUGGUUAUCUUCAGUUCCAGUGGCGCAAUGCCUUCAAUGGGGGCGAAAAGCUUACAUUUGAUGCCACCAAAGGUACCAAAACGCACUCGUCUUACCUGAUGGACUAUUCUCAGCCGUUAUCGCCUUUUUGGUCGUGGGAUUCUGCUGUAUACAAAAACUCAAGGGCUCUAGGGAACUCAGAACUUCUGCUGAGGGGAAUCCGUGCCUCUUUAAAGUCGACUUUCGAGAAACAUAAGAACGUCAACCACGAGUUCCAAUAUGAGCACGCCUGGCGAAGCACCAUUGCUAAUGGGAAUCACUCGUCAAACUCUCUCCUGUUAAGCUGUGGAGACGACAUCAAAACUGCAUUCGGAUACUCACUUUUUUGGGAUUCUCGCGAUCAGCCAGUCUUAGCAUCAUCUGGAAAAUAUGUUAAGCUAUCCAAUGAGUUGGCACUCAGCAGCUUUUGGAAAGUUGGGCUCGAAACUGGCGCAGCUAAAAGCUGGCUCGAGAAUGAUUUUCUAACAGUCAGUGGGUCUUUGAAGGCUGGGUAUAUCAACAAUUUCCACCCUCGGACUAAGGCCAUACAUUUGAGUGACAAAUUUCAUUGCGGUGGUAGUAACGAUGUGCGAAGCUUCAACCUUAUGGGCUUGGGACCCAAAGAUCUCUUUGACUCAAUCGGAGGUGACGCUUUUGUGACAUACGGGAUAAGUGCUUUCAGUCGUCUACCGGUCGCUCGUUGGUCUGAAUCAAACUUCAGGUUGCACACAUUUUUCAACGGUGGCAGGCUAAUUAACUCUAAUGGAUGUUCAGCAAGAUCUUGUCUUCAAGCUCUUGCGCAAGAGCACUCUAUGUCGACAGGCUUCGGUCUUGUGUUCGGGCAUUCUAUUGCCAGAUUUGAAUUGAACUUCUCAAUCCCACUCACGGCACAUGCCGGUGACUCGGUUCGCAAAGGGUUCCAAUAUGGAAUAGGGCUUUCGUUUCUAUAA